AUGCGAUCUGGAGUUGUCUUGGGAAUGAUUGGUUUGGGUAUGGCUUAUCCUUUGUUGGAUAGGGAGAAGAAGGAUAGGAAGAAGAGUUGGGUUUGGGGAAGUGCUGGUGUGUUGACUUGUUUUUAUGGAGGGUCUGUUUUGGAGUAUUCUACCUUUGUUAAUGAGAAACGAGUGAAGAGUUUGUCGCCGGGUGGGUUGGUUUUUAUGGGUGGGUUUUACUCGGCUGGAUUAGUGACCGGGUCUUUGGCGGCACUUGGGAUUGAUUUAGGUCGGAAGGUAGUAGGGGGACUGCCAAGUACUCUGAGUAUUUUGCCCCAACUUAGAUAG